AGCCUAAGUAUGUAUAUAUGUUACAACGUCAGUAUAAAUAGACGUGCUUUGCCUUCUUCACUGCAAAGAAGGUUAGACAAGUAGUUUGGUUUGGAGGUGAGGUGAGGCCCAGCAAAAGAUGGCGGUGGUCAACGUGAGCGUGAGGGAGUCAACGUUGGUGAAGCCAGCGGAGGAAACGCCAAAACGGGCGUUGUGGAUAUCGGACUUGGAUGUCGUGAUUUCGGCAACUCACCUUGGAAGUGUUUACUUCUACAGGAGGCCAAACGUUCAAAACGGAGCGCAUCAUCUUCAAAACAACUAUGUCUUGGAUUCGGAGGUGUUCAAGUGCUCCCUUGCCAAGGCCCUCGUGCCCUUCUACCCCGUGGCUGGCCGCCUGAAGCUGAACGAUGAGGGACGUAUCGAGAUCGAUUGCAAUGCAGAGGGAGUGCUGUUUGUUGAGGCGGAGACUGCCUCGGUCCUCGAUGAUUUCGGGGACUUUGCGCCGACUCCUGAGUUCCGGAAGCUCAUUCCUGCUGUUGAUUAUUCCGCUGGGACAUCCUCUUAUCCCCUCUUGGUCGUACAGGUCACAUACUUCAAAUGUGGUGGAGUGUCACUUGGUGUUGGCCUGGAACAUCGUGUAGCAGAUGGCCUUUCUGGUCUCCACUUUGUAAAUACAUGGUCUGACAUCGCUCGAGGUCUUGACCUUACAAUUCCACCAUUCAUCGACAGGACAUUACUUCGUGCCCGAGACCCACCACAGCCUGCAUUCGAUCACAUUGAAUACCAACCUGAUCCACCCAUAAAAACCGGUACAAAAGCUGUAGGUGAUGAGAGCGGAACGGUAUCCAUUUUUAGAUUGACACGGGAGCAGCUCAACAUCUUGAAAGCCAAGUCUAAAGAAGAUGGGAACACAAUCAACUAUACCACAUAUGAGAUGUUGGCAGGUCAUGUUUGGAGAUGUGCAUCUGUGGCACGUGAACUUCCUGAUGAUCAAGAGACCAAACUACAUAUUGCAGUUGAUGGAAGGUCCAGACUGCAACCCCAACUCCCUCCUGGUUUCUUUGGCAAUGUGAUUUUUGCAAGCGCACCAAUUGCUGCAGCGGGGGAUCUCAAAUCAAAACCAACAUGGUAUGCUGCAAGCCGUAUUCAUGAUACUCUUGUGCGUAUGGACAACGAUUAUCUUAGAUCAGCGCUGGACUAUCUUGAACUUCAGCCUGACCUCUCACCCCUUGUUCGCGGAGCUUAUACUUUUAGGUGCCCGAGACUUGCAAUAACUAAUUGGUCUAGGCUGCCGAUCUAUGAUGCUGAUUUCGGUUGGGGUCGACCUAUUUUCAUGGGGCCUGGUGGAAUACGAUAUGAGGGGUUGGCUUUUGUGUUACCAAGUGCAACAAAUGAUGGAAGUUUAUCAGUGGCCAUUUCUCUGCAAUCUCAACAUAUGAAAUCAUUCUCCAAGUUGUUGUCUGAGAUAUAAGGAAAUGAAAUGGGUCGAAUGGGGGCAAUACGUUGAGCACACUUUGGGCUUCUGUAUGUGUCCUCUGAGUACCGGGACUUUUCAUUGACUGUAGCCUAGCUGAUCGGAAAGCAGCUGUUUUUGAAAAGUUCAAGUGGUCUUUUGGUUAAUUUAUAUUCGAGUAUCUGUUUUAGAAACAACAUAUAGUACUGAAUAAGAUUCUCAGAGUAUCUGUAAGCUUUGUUUAUUGCUGUGGAGGACUUCUUUUUCGGAGUAUCUGUACUUUACUGUGAUUCUUAAUAAGAUUUUCUUUCGCCAUGAAACAAAAA